AUGGAAAAAAUUGAGUAUCGAGUUGUCAUUAAGUUUUUGUUUUUGAAAGGCAAUACGCCUACGAAAAUCAAAGAUGAGUUGGACUCUGUAUAUGGGGACUCUGCACCAUUAUUUAGCAUAGUGAAAUUUUGGCUAGCUGAAUUUAAAUGUGGACGUGAGAGCUUGGUAGAUGAUGAACGUUUGGGACGUCCAAAUACCGCAAGUACUGACAAUAACAUCGCUAAAUUUCACCAAAUGGUGCUAGAUAACCACCGAAUUAAAGUGAGAGAGAGUAUAUUAAAUCAAGAUUUAGGCAUGAGAAAGCUGUCAGCGCGUUGGGUGUCGCGUUUGCUCACGUUAGACCAAAUACGUGUUCGAUGA